UGCUGCCAACCCCUCUCAAAAAUAUGCGGUCGCGGUGGUAGCGACGGGCGUAUAGUGGGGGGCCGGGAGGUUAAACCCGGUAAAUACCCGUGGAUGGUAUCCGUGGGCAUACACGUGGACAACAAGCACUUAGCCUGUGGGGGUGCCCUCGUCGGGCGCCAGUACGUACUGACAGCCGCCCAUUGUCUCAAAUGGCCUAAUCGUAGGAUUAAACCCAAGGAACUAGUGGUGAGAGUGGGCGCCCACUACCGAACCCGCAAUGAGACAAAAGCCAGGGAUUACAAAGUAAAGUGCAUACGUGUGCACAAAAACUACACUGGCACAAUGCAUGGCCACGAUAUAGCGGUUAUUAAACUGAGAAAUAAGGUCAAGUUUAGUCGACGCGUACGUCCCAUAUGUCUGCCCCCGGAUAACAGCAACGACUACGAGAAUCGGGUGGCUAUGGUGUCCGGUUGGGGUCAUACGGCUCAGGGAGGGGAAAAUAGCCCUGUGCUUAUGGAAGUACCGGUGCCCGUUUGGAAUAACAGUGAUUGCUAUGAUAGUUAUAUUAAUACAACCAAGGUAACCUACAAUAUGCUAUGUGCUGGUUAUAGGGAGGGUGGCAAAGAUUCGUGUCAGAAUGACUCCGGGGGUCCCCUAAUGUUGAGGUCUAAAAUGAAUGGUAGGUGGAUGCUUAUCGGGAUAGUGUCGUGGGGUGAGGGGUGUGCCCAACCCAAUUAUCCCGGGGUUUAUACCAGGGUCAGUGAGUAUAUCGAUUGGGUUCAUAAUGACACUACGACACCACCAAUCAUCACCACUACUGACAACCCUGAUGAUUGGUGGGAUACACAACCAUUAGCCAACAUAUGCGGUCGCGGCGGUAGUCACAGACGUAUAGUAGGGGGCCGGGAGGUGACCCCGGGUUCAUACCCGUGGAUGGUAUCCGUGGGCAUACACGUGGACAACAAUCAAAAAGCCUGUGGGGGUGUCCUUAUUGGGCGCCAGUACGUACUGACAGCCGCCCAUUGUCUCAUAUGGCCUAAUCGUACGAUUAAACCCGAGGAACUAGUGGUAAGAGUGGGCGCCCACAACCGAACCCACAAUGAGACAACGGCCAGGGAUUACAAAGUGGAGUCCGUUACAGUGCACAAAAACUACACUGAACCAAUCUAUGGCUACGAUAUAGUGCUUAUUAAACUGAGAAAUACUGUCAGGUUUAGCCGACGGGUACAUCCCAUAUGUCUGCCCCCGGAUAACAACGACGAUUACGAGGGUCGGGAGGCAAUGGUGUCGGGUUGGGGUCAUACGGCUGAGAGAGGGGAAAAUAGCCCUGUGCUUAUGGAAGUACCGGUGCCCGUUUGGAAUAACAGUGAUUGCUAUGAUAGUUAUAUUAAUAUAACCAAGGUAACCUACAAUAUGCUAUGUGCUGGUUAUAGGGAGGGUGGCAAAGAUGCGUGUCAGUAUGACUCCGGGGGUCCCCUGAUGUUGAGGUCUAGAAUGAAUGGUAGGUGGGUGCUUAUCGGGAUAGUGUCGUGGGGUGAGGGGUGUGCCCGACCCAAUUAUCCCGGUGUUUACACCAGGGUCAAACCUACUACCAUUACAACCACAUCUAACCAAGAUAAUGACACUACAACCCCACCAAUCAUCACCACUACUGACUACCCUAAUGAUUGGUGGAAUACACAACCAUUAGCCGAGAUAUGCGGUCGCGGCGGUAGUCACAGACGUAUAGUAGGGGGCCAGGAGGUGACACCGGGUUCGUACCCCUGGAUGGUUGGACUUAAACGGAAAGGCAAUUCUGGUGCGUUUUGUGGGGGCGCCCUAAUCGAUAAACAGUACGUACUGACAGCAGCACAUUGUUUCUGGAAAUACGGGGAGUGGACUAAAAAUGCCUCCGACAUAGCCGUAAGGGUAGGCGCCCACGACCUACGAGCCACUGAACCCGAGGCUAGGGAUCACGAGGUGGUGGACAUACGUAUACCUAAAGACUAUACCAGUCAUCUCCAUGGCUUGGAUAUAGCGGUACUUAAACUGAAAUCUAGGGUCAAGUUUAGUCGACGCGUACAUCCUAUAUGUCUGCCUCCGGAUAACAGCGCCGACGACUACACGGGUCGGGUGGCUAUGGUGUCCGGUUGGGGUCUUACGAAAUACCGCGGGAAUGAUAGCCCCGUCCUCCAGGAGCUGUCUGUCCACGUGUUGGGUAACCAAAAGUGUGGUGCGAUUUGGGAUAACAAUAAUUACAAGAUCUUGUCGGGUAUGAUAUGCACCGGUGGUUAUAGCACUGGCGGUAAAGGUGUGUGUAGAGGCGAUUCCGGUGGGCCAGUGAUGUUAAAGUCUAACAGCACUAAUAGGUGGGUGCAGAUCGGAGUGGUGUCGUGGGGUCCCGAGGAUUGUGCCCUAGCCCAGUUUCCUGAUGUGAACACCCGGGUCAGCGAGUAUAUCAAAUGGAUUCGUGGAAACAAAUGA